AUGCCAGAGGUGUGCCAAGCUGCAAAUCUCAUGCGUGGUCGACAAGUCUCACAAGAGGGUAACAAAACGAAGUUGGAACAGCUCGAACAAGAGCUAAGAAGCAUCCAACAAGUCGUCAACAACAAAAAGGCCAAUAGUGAAUCUACCUGGUCACCACCUAGCCCCUUGGCACCCUUCUCCGCAUCUUCAGGCCAGGCACCGCUCUCAGCCAUACUGAAACCAGCACGAACUCCCCUCUCCAUUCAGCUUGGACCGUCGCCGCGCCCUCCUGAUAAGAGACAGAAGAAGACUGGACCUACAGAAGCUCGCGUCCUAAACGCCAUAAUAAUCUCUGGGGAAGACAUCGACUACUACUUUAGCAAAUAUCUUCAGCACUUUCACCCCUUUCUCCCCAUCCUACGCAAAAAAGAACCCGAUGAAUGCUACGACGCACAGCCCGUGCUCUUCUGGGCCGUCCUGUACGUGACAUGUCGCCGGUACGCAAAGGACACCCAGCUCUUCUCCGCCCUGGUCGAGCACAUGACCAAGAACCUCUGGCCCAUGAUGUCCAGUGCCGUGCUGGGCGUUGACGAGAUCCACGCCAUCCUGCUCGUCUGCGCAUGGCCCUACCCGACCAUUCGCUUCGUCACGGAUCCGUCAUCCAUGCUGGUGAAUAUCGCCAUGAACGCGUGCAUGUCGCUUGGUCUUCACACCGGCCGGGGAUCGCACCCUCAGUUCUGCGUUGGAAGUCGACACUGCUAUACGUCUACCGAUGAGGAGGCUUCAUCAACAUGGAUAGCGUGCUGCCUACUGGCGCAAAGGAUAUCAGCAAGCGCAGGCCUUCCUCCCCCUUUCAUGCAGCACAGCGAUGUGCGUUGCAAAGCCGCCCUCGAAUCCAACUACUGGGCCGAUCUUCUCGCCACGUACGAGCUCCAGCGCUUCCUCAACCGCUUCCACAUGGCCAUGCACGCGCAGACCUCCAACGUGGGCAGCGUCCCGGAGAGCGCCAUUGCAAUAUGGGAAAACGAGCUGGAGACGCUCAAACCGCUGCUUGUCCGCUUCGACACGGAAGUACUCCGCGUCUUCAAACUCGCCGCCCAGCUCGAAAUCCAGCUCUUCUACUUCAUGUCCCCCUGCACCAUCACCGCAAACAACAACAACUUCGCCAUCAGCACAAACUACAGCACCUCCCCGCCCCAACCCGCCCCCCUCGCCUCCGUCCCAGCGCCCACCCCAUCGUCAAACCCAACUCUCCAGCUCAACGCCCUCAAGACCUUCACCACCGCCCGCUCCCUCAUCCACACCGUCCUCGACAUCGACUCCCGCUCCAAAUUCAUCGCCCACUGCCCCGGCGUCCUCUGCCGCGCCCUCACCGACGCCGCAAACACAAUCGUCUACCUCCUGCACUCCACCUGGUGUCCUAGCCCGGACUCUCUCUCCGCCGAGGAGGCCGAUCUCCUCGCCCAGCAGGCCUACACCUCCAUCAUGCGCUGCUCCGUCAAGGAACAGGACAUUUGGUACCGCGGCAGCGUCAUCAUGGAAACCUUUUGGUCCUUUAGGAGAUACGUGCCCCGGUUCGACACCGUGCCUCCUUCAUGGGUCAGCCGCGGCGGGGCGGGCAUCACGUUUGCCUGUCUGGAGAAGUUCAAAAACGGCCUGCUCACGGCGCAGAAGAGCACAGAUGGCGUGAAUAAGUGCCUCGAGAUUAUUCAAUUCCGUACAGAUCCAUCUUCAGGCGCAAACACCGCCGCGCAAGACCAACAAAUGACAAAUAACGCAGCCGUCACCGAUCCAUUCCAAGAUGUAGACUGGUCCAUGUUCAUGGAUGAUUUCGGCUGGACCACGGGAGAAGACGGUGUACUGAUUGGGCUCAUUUAG